UGCGCCGGUCCGGAGGUGGCCUCUAUAUGAAGCAGGGACUGACGAGGUGUGUUGCCUCUGCCGGGGAGUCUUAAAGGUCCGAACACCCAGCACCGGCUCAACCCCUAGGAUCACCGUUUCCCCACGCACGGCUAAGCUGCGCACUGCUACACGCAGAAGCCGCUAUGAAAGUAGCAAGUCCCCUACUGCUAGCAUGCUUAUUCACAUGGGCACGUCUUGCUCUCCCUAUGCCAAGAGACACCGAAGAAAAGGAAUACCGUGUCUGCGACACACCCGUGUGCGUCCAACGAGCCAAGUUGAUCAACGAGUCACUCAACACAUCAGUUGACCCAUGUGAAGAUUUCUACUCGUAUGCCUGUGGUGGAUGGAUGAAAAAUCACCCGGUUCCAGAAGACAAGUCAACGAUGGAUACUUUUACUAUACUAAGCGAUGAACUAAGGGAUACCAUUCGAGAUCUCCUAGGCAACAUUACCCUCGUUGGUGAGAACCAAACUAUAAUAGACAAGGCAGCUCUUUUCUACAAUUCGUGUGUGGCUGUACCAGAUCUUGACGAUCGACAUGAUGUGAUGUUCGAAAUGCUGAACUCUUCAGGACUUCGCGACUGGCCGAGAAUUGGCCAGGACGCAAAUAUCAGUGAGGAGUCAAGUAAUAUCACGGACGUUAUCAUCAAUACUGGAAUGUCAUCCAUCCUUAGCGUUGGUGUUUCAAGAGAUAUCCGUGAGAUUAGCAGUCACGUUAUUCAGCUUGACCAGAUAAGUUUCUCCUGGGUGGGGAGGAAUCAGCUGAUCAAUCAAACUACGAAUUACAGCAGACCAAUGAUCGCUGCUUACAAGACCGUCAUUCAAGCCACGAUGAAGUUCAUGAAGCCUAACCUUAGCGACGACAACAUCACCGAGCUUUCCGAACGGCUUCUGGCUUUCGAAGGACAGCUAGCCAAUCUGACAGCACCCCCCGAAGAAAGGCGAGACCUCACGAAAAUUUACCGUAGAACCACCAUGGAAGAACUCCAUAAUAAUUUUACUUACAUACCCAUACGUGUUUUGCUCAAGAAACUCUUCAGUGAGGUAAACCUGACGCUAGCCGACAACGAGACUAUUGAACUCUAUGCACUGGAUUAUUAUACUAAAUUAAACAACUUUCUGCAAUGUGCCGACCCGGACAUGCUGUACAACUAUGCUGGCCUGAAAGUUAUGCUCAGGUGGGCGGCGGCAGCAUCGAAAGAAUUCAGGAAUGCUACCUUCGAGCUAGUGAAAGUUACAGCUGGAGUCAGCGUUCAAAAGCCAAGGUGGGAACGGUGCAUCGGUUCCGUGAAGGGUUCGAUGCCCGAGAUCAUCGGCAACCUCUACGUGCAGCACAAGUUUAGCGAAGAAGCUAAGAGAGAGGUCGAGGACCUUGCAAAAAGGCUCGUGUUAGUAUUUAAUAAAACUCUACAAACAGUUGACUGGAUGGAUAAUACUACAAGAAGCGCUGCAGAGGAAAAGUUGAGAAAAAUGGGAGCAAAAAUUGGCUAUCCAGACUGGAUAAAGAACAUGACUUAUCUGGAAAAGCUUUACGAAUAUGUACCGCAAAUGCCACUUAAUAUUUCCUAUUUGGAAGCAGUCUACGCAGUAGCUGUGAACUCCGGAAAGAAAAGUUUGUUGAAGCUGCGAAUGCCAUACGACAAGAAUUCCGAGUGGAUUGUCGGCCCUGCAGUUGUGAACGCUUUCUACAGCCCAAGUUCCAACGAAAUGGUGUACCCUUCCGGAAUCCUUCAAGGCGUCUUCUAUGAACAUGGACUUCCACGUUCCCUUAACUUCGGAGCUAUUGGCAUGGUGGUUGGACAUGAAAUGACGCACGGAUUCGACGAUACAGGAAGUCAGUUCGACGCCGAUGGCGCUUUAAAAGAGUGGUGGUCGAAUCUUACUAGAGCCGAGUUCAAGCGGCGAGCUAAAUGUUUCGAGGAUCAGUACGGAAAUAUCACUGACAAAGAAGCAAACAUGACGCUCAAUGCCAAAAACACUGUGGGCGAAAACAUUGCCGACAACGGGGGCCUCCGUCUGGUUUUCGAGGCGUAUAAGAAAGUUCUGGAAGACGAAUGUAACAGCAACGCCACUCGCUUGAAAGGCCUGGAACAGUUCUCAGGAAAGAAGCUGUUCUUCAUCGCAAACGCAUUGGCAUGGUGCAGCGUGAGCCGUCCACAAUACCUAAAGCUGCUGAUUCAGUACGAUCCACACAGCCCUACUCAAUACAGAGUCAACCUUCCUAUGUCGAAUAUGCCUGACUUCUCCGAAACGUUCAGCUGCCCAGCAAACUCGACAAUGAACCGGAAAGAAAGGUGCACUUUGUGGUGAGGCGGAAGGGAAAUAAAGCGAGACAGCAUUGCAGAAGUCAAGCAACCUGUAAUAGUUGGUAGAAUAAAUAAAGCCGAAAGACAUUCAGGGCCUAAUAAACUACCUUCAAAUUAUUCCCCCAUUUAACCAUCGCGUGCUUUCAUUUAGGUAGAACUGCUGACAGAAAGGGCUUAUACCGCUUCACACUUACUAACAAAAAUAUUACGUUGAGCGAAGAAACCAUUACAAAGGAAACAGACAAACAACACAGGAUGGACGCUAUACGUGCAACUUAUAAGUGGCACCCAUCCUGCGUUGGUGCUUUCCCGUGUUUUUUGUACUGCUUACAUUGCCCUGUAGCGCAUCUAAUGGGAAAGAACCGAUUCAUUCGUGUCAAUGAAUUUCUUAUAAGCGGCUUGAUCCAGUGAUCAGUGAUGAUUCACUCUUUAAAACAAGGGCAUUCGAGAUCGAAUGGCACUUUUUGCUGACGAAGGUUCAUGGAGUGGCGCACAUGACAGUUUUCGUGCUAACAUUUACGCUAACCAAUAUCUGAUAAAUUAUUAUUUUGUUUUCUUCAGGUGCACGUUGCUAAUGCGUAAUUGAACUCAAACCUUGGCUGGAAACUAAGUGCUUUACAAUAAGUUCCAGGAAUACGGAAUCAAAAUUCGGUGAAACACAGUGGUGGUUGUGUAAGCAAGCAAUCGGAAAACGGAUUUCGUAGGUUACAUCACCUCUGAAUCUCCGGUGUGCUAUGUUAAACAACAUGCCAAAUAUUGCUGGACAAUACGUGUUCGCACCGUUCAGUUCGUUCCCACUGACAACACAUC